AUGAAGCGCUGCUUCCGGCUCCUAGUGGCAGGAUACUGCUCCGUGCUAGCCACGGCAGCAGCCAGUCCUUUCAUCGAGCCCUCGUUCGACUGGGACUCCAUCAGGCCCAGCGAUGACCUCGAGUACCACGACUGCUACGGCGAGUACAAGUGUGCUCGCCUCCAGGUGCCCCUGGACUGGCUCAACAAGACGGACACGAGAGUAGCCACCAUCGCCAUGAUCAAGCUGCCCGCCGUCGUGCCGGACGACGACCCGGCCUUUGGCGGCGCCAUCUUCACCAACCCGGGAGGGCCCGGCGGCUCCGGCGUCGACUUCCUGCUGAGCAUGGGCCGCUAUCUUCGCUACACGGCCGACAAGCCGGGCCGUCGCCACUACGAGAUCAUCUCCUUCGACCCCCGCGGCAUCGGCAGGACGGUUCCCGCUUCCGACUGCUUCGAGAACAAUGUGCUGGCGCGGGACGCCUUCCUCCUGGAGAACCGCGGCAACGGCGCUCUCACCAAUGGCGACGGCGUCAUUGCCUACAGCCUCGCCAUCAUGGACGCCUUUGGCCAGCGGUGCCAGCAGGCCGGGGAGGACGCCAUGGCCUUUGUCGGGACGCCCAACGUCGCCCGCGACAUGGUCGAGAUGGUCGACAAAGUGGACGAGCUGCGCAAAAGAGACGCCGCUGCUCGGAAGCGCAAGGGCGACGACGACGACUCCGAUGCUCGAGCAGAGCUUAAGAAGCGUUCUGCUCCCAGGAGGAAACCGGCCGAGCUUCGCGACGAACCCGGCGAUGUCCCGCGUCUCCAGUAUAUUGGCUUCUCUUACGGCACAGUCCUCGGCAACUACUUUGCUUCCAUGUUCCCAGGUCGUGUCGGGCGUCUGAUUCUCGACGGCGUGUGCAAUAUCCAGGACUAUUCUUCUGGUCCAGGCUGGCUCACAAACACCGUUGACUCAGACGAAAUAUUCGACAACUUCUUCGAAGGCUGCGCCGCCGCCGGUCCCGACGUAUGCGCCCUGGCCCGCCCAUCCGACACCCACGGGGCAUCCGACAUACGUUGCCGCUACGACAGCUUCCUCUCCGAACUCGACCAGAAACCAAAGUCGGUCCUGCUCGACUCGGGCGACGUCGUCGUCGUCACCAGCUGGGACGUCCUCAUCCUCGCCGGCAAGGUGCUCUACAACCCCCUGUCCAUGUUCAAGGUCCUCGCCCGCAAGCUCAACGAGUUCAUCGCCGGCGACCUCACCCAGAUGGCCGUCAUGGCCGUCGGCCUCGGCAUGGUGCCCGCCAUGCAGGACGCCUGCCCCCUCGACCGCAGCAACGCCACCAAGCCCAGCAUCAUCAUCGAGGCCCAGAACGCCGUCGUCUGCUCCGACGGCGACGACAUCUCCGGCAAGGACCUCGCCUGGUGGCGCAAGUACGUCCGCAGCCAGCUCGACGUCUCCAACAUCUUCGGCGCCACCUGGUCCACCAUCCGCAUGCCCUGCUCCGGCUGGCGCAUCCGCCCCAACUGGAGCUUCAAGGGCCCCUUCACCACCCCCGACGCCGAUGCCUCCCUCCAGUCCGGCCGCCCCGCGGCCCCCAUCCUCUUCCUCUCCAACCGCCUCGACCCCGUCACCCCUCUCCGAGCCGCCCAGGCCAUGGCCGCGCAACAUCCUGGCGCUCGCGUCCUCAUCCAGGAGGGCAUGGGUCACUGCGCCGUGGCCUCUGCCCCCAGCAAGUGCACCAGGGAGGUUGUGGCCGACUAUUUUGAAUCCGGCGUCAUCCCCUCUGACCUGUCGCCGUGCAGCGUCGAGUGCCACCCCUGGGACGAAUCCUGCCCGGCCACAGGCGAGUCUGUCCUCCAGACCAACGAUGCCGAAGUAGAGGCCAUGACUUCUUGGUUCAACAGAGACGAGGCCCCAUGGUACAGGAAAUCACCUCUUGGAUUACUCUAG